AUGGAGAAAAUCAAGGUGGACUCGGAGACCAUACACCCAACUCUGACUGAAGCGUUGAAGAUCAACGGCAGACUUGUAAAGUCACUACAACUGACUAUCAAAAGUCAGGAUACUGUUACUCCUACCCUCAAAGCUUGGAAAGACUUGAGCACUGAUUGUACAAGGUUGCAUACUCUGUCUGUUGAAUUUCAAGCUUCCAAGAUCUGGAAUACAACCGUGACAGCCAUAAUCAAAGCCAAUCCCGAGCUUAAGCACAUCUGUCUAUUUGAGAAGGUUGAAAGCAUCAAGGAGCCUUCUGAUGCGCCAUGGUUUAUCUGUGAAUCUCCAUCCCGCCGCUCAGCACUAGCCUCUCUCGUCAACGCGUCGGCAAAAUCCGCAGUCUUCACAUUGAAACUAUCUCCAGCCUACUCGUUUGAACUACGACCUGAAUUCUAUCAACUACCUCUUGCACUCGAAGCUGAAUCAUCUCCCCUCACACUAGAAACAGAAGGAAUGGGAGACAUUAAAAGAGAAUAUCGUUCUUUUUUCGAUAAUGCCACUGCGUUUAAGCAACAACAGCAAGUCGAAUUAUACAUUGAAUGUGAUGGAAACGCAGACUGCAGUUGCCGAAAACCAGAUGCUCCUCUCCCAACAACAGUCGAAGAAGGAGAAGCUGUUGUGGUUGUGGGAGCUGAUGAAGGGAAUGAUCAAGAGCCCGAAGCACUCAAUCCUGUAAUGGAUGAUGCUGAACCUGUCGUUGUUGUCGCAGCAGCAACACAAGCUGUGGGAGUUGUUGCUCAAUGA